UCAAGAAACCUUUCAUCAUUCGCCGGAAACAUAUUUCAUUUCUCCGGCAUUAAUGGACGGCUCUAGAGUUUUUCCGUUCGCCGGAAACUUAGACCCUCGUGCCCAAGAGUUCAUACCACUAAACCCUAUCUCUUCCCAUUUUUACUUUCCGUACACUUCUCCUCCUCCUCCACCGCCGCUUCCUCCGCCGCCGUUGCCUCCGUCGUCGUACGGAUCAUCUCCUCCUUUCACGUUCUUUAACCUUCCCCCACCACAUCCGAUGAUGUUCUCUUCUUCUCCUCCUCCUCCUCCACGACAACCGCCGCCACCACCACAACCACCGCGUCCAUGUUUCAACGGCGUUUCGGCAUCACAACGGCUUGCUCCGCCGUCAAAUUCUCCUACGCGAUCUCUCUCUUUGAUCUCCGUACCGCGUGACGUCACAGAGUCAACGGUGAGACGUGACUUGGAGGUGUUCGGCGACGUCCGUGGCGUGCAAAUGGAGAGAAUCUCAGAUGGAAUCGUGACCGUACAUUUCUACGAUAUCCGUGACGCUAAAAGAGCUGUUCGUGAUGUUUGUGGUAGACACAUGCAGCAACAAGCUAGGCUCAGUGGUGGUAAUGGCGGCGGUGGAAACGUUUGGAGCUCACCUCCUUCCUCUUCAUCGGCGCGUGGGUUUGUCUCCGGCAGAACUGUGUGGGCACAGUUCGUAGUCCCGGAGACUAGUGCUGUUCCCGGAGGUUGUAACCAAGGAACGUUGGUUAUAUUUAACUUAGACCCUGAGGUCUCUUCCAUUGAUCUCAGACAGAUUUUCCAAGUUUACGGUCCGAUCAAAGAGCUGAGAGAGACGCCGUACAAGAAACAUCAAAGGUUCGUUGAGUUUUAUGAUGUAAGAGAUGCGGCAAGAGCGUUUGAUCGAAUGAAUGGUGAAGAGAUUGGUGGUAAGCAAGUUGUGAUCGAAUUUAGUCGACCAGGUGGACUUAAGAACAAGUUCAGGUCAUCUAGGCUAUUGCAGCUACCGUUUCAACCACCACCAGUUCUAAGUCCUCCUUUGAGGCAGUCUGUAAAUCUUGUGAAAGAUAAAAACAAGAUUGUGAGCCCUAAUAAUGGUGUUAUUGCUGUUAAUGCUUCUAUGCGUUCGUUAUGUAUUGUAAAUGAUGUCGAUGAUAAGACCCGAGGAGCGGAAUCUGAAUGCGUGGAGACAAAGAGCAAGAACAUGGCUAAGUAUGGGAAGAAAAGACAGAUUAAGAACAUGGAACUAAGUCAGUUUCUUAUCAGUGAAGAAACCAUGGAAAAUCCAAGUUGCAGAGAUCCACGUACCACUUUGAUGAUCAAGAACAUACCAAACAAGUACAGUCAAAAGCUACUGUUGGAUAUGCUGGACAAGCACUGCAUUCACAUCAACGAAGCCAUCGCUGGGGAGCACCCUGAACCCUUUUCGUCUUAUGAUUUCGUGUAUCUCCCCAUGGAUUUCAACAACAAGUGCAAUGUUGGUUAUGGAUUUGUGAACAUGACAACCCCGGAAGCAGCUUGGAGGUUUUACAAAGCGUUUCAUCUUCAACAUUGGGAGGUUUUUAAUUCGCGUAAGAUUUGCCAAAUCACAUAUGCGAGAGUUCAGUGUCUAGAGGAUCUAAAGGAGCACUUCAAGAGCUCAAAGUUUCCAUGCGAGGCUGAGGUUUACCUUCCGGUGGUCUUCUGGCCACCACGAGAUGGGAAGCAGCUAACAGAACCCGUCUCUAUCAACAUCAACGGCUGCAUUAAACUCAACCAAAGUCGUCUUGAGCAAAUGGACGGUCAAGAUCACUCAGAGAGUGGAUCAUGUUGUGACAGUGACCAUGAUCAUAACAGUCAUGAAGAUGGAUUUUCCGGCAGUAGCAUAGACGGAGGAGGCCGGAGUAUCACCGUGGAAGGAGAAACAUCUUUUUAGGUGUUCCCUUGUUUGUAUUGUGUAUCAUAAUGAUAUAU